AUGGCGUACAGAAUCCUUGGUGCAUGCCUCAGUCUGGCGGCUCUGGCGUCUUCUCUUGCUGUUGAGAGUCGGCAGACUGCUUGCACUAGCUACACCCUGAUCAACACUCGUGGUACUGGUGAAGCUCAAGGACCAUCUGCUGGCUUCCGCACCAUGAACGCCAACAUCCAGCAACAAGUCUCCGGAGGCAGAGUAUACAACACUGUCUACGCAGCUGGCUUCAACCAGGAGUCAUCGGCCGGUACACGAGACAUCAUCCGUGAGAUCAACGCCGAACUCUCCUCGAACCCCAACCAAUGCUUCAUCCUCGAGGGCUACUCCCAGGGUGCUGCGGCCACGGUCAACGCGCUGUCCCAGCUGAGCGGCAACGCCUUCAACGCCGUCAAGGGCGUCUUCCUCAUCGGCGACCCGGAGCACAAGUCUGGGUUGACCUGCAAUGUGGACAACAUGGGCGGCACGACGACGCGUAAUGUCAACGGGCUCUCUGCCGCUGGGUCUCGUGGAAUCCCGAGCAACUGGGUUUCAAAGACGCUGGAUGUUUGCAUUUUUGGCGAUGGUGUCUGUGAUACCACUCACGGGCGUGGCAUCAACCAGCAGCAUCUCCAGUAUCCGAACGAUGCCAGCACGCAGAACUUGGGCACGCAGUUUGUGACUGGUAAGCUUAGAGGAACGUCGUAG